GAGUUUACAAGAGCUUCCCUGUUUCAUGCCAGAACAACCAUUGCCUUUAGCGCGCUCCCUUGUCAGCGAGACGUGCCUGGUACAGAGACUGGGACGCGCGGUAGACGCAAGGAACUGGGGCUGUAUGAAAAGGGAGUAGGUAGGGAAACAGAUGUCGAGUGGAUAGCAGCGGAGUGACAACUUUCUCGGUUUGCGAUAUGGAUCGAGGUAGACUGUUUACACGGGCUCAACCGCGUUUUAUAUCAUACAGGAAAAAGGUUAUUAAAAUGAACAGUCAUUACAUUCCGAAGUUUGAGUAAGGACGACGCAUGGAAAGCAGUCGAACGUCCCUGAUCAGCUCCGCGUCUCUUUGAGAUAAAACUUUAAUCACUUUUGCCCGAUUUCAUCAACGCGACAUUAUUAUUUUAUUCCAUUACCCUCCCCUGUGAAAAUGAUCAAGGGUGACAGCAAAGGCGAGCGAUCGCUGAGGAGCGCCUCCCCUCAUAGAAACGCAUACAAGACGGAUUUUCACACCAUCAAGUGCUCUUUCGAUGGAGCCAAGUCCCAAGCCAACAGGGCCGGUGACCCCAUGCCAGAGGCGAGGGGCAGGCCUACAGGCAGCCGAGGAAGCAAGAUUAAAAACAACAUUUUUCUUCAAAUGGACGGCCAGCACCACGAUGCCGGGGCAGCCCUAACUAAACCCGACAUGUCGAAGCAUUUGUGCCACGCAAGAAGACCGCUCAGUAGCAGCUCUCACAAGGGCAGCGUGAGCAGCAUCACUAGUCAAGAGUCUGCCGCCUCCGACAAAGCCUCUGUGAGCGAGGAGGCGGACAUUGACAAAGCAACGCUGGCAGUGAAGUUCUCUGUCACCCGCAAGCUUUUUGAGUCCGGUCUGAAAGAGCCGGGGUCCACAGAGAGACCUGCCAUCCCGGCUAAAGUCAGCACCCGCUUGUCUGUGGACAGUAAUGGCUCUGAGGAGGGGAAGACAGUGGGGAGACCGACAAGCCCCAGUCAGAAACCAUCAACCACCAGAGCCUGGGAGGACGAAGGAAGGCGAAGAGAGGAGAGGGAGAGGGAGAGAGAGAAGGGGAAGAGUGAAAGUGACACACCCACCCACAAGUCCAGUGGGGCCACAAACGCUGGACCCAUGUCGAGGCGACUGGAGAGCUUCAUGCUGGACAGUGACAGCGACGACUCCAACCACAAGGCUGACAUCUCCGCUAAUGGCCACCACCAGCCGACCUCUGUCACCAGCUGCUACUCAGUGAAGAUCAGACCCGUGAGCACCGCCGACUCACCCAGCGCUCAAGACCCCUCCCAGCAUCCCCCUGCCGUGAACGGGAAUUGCAAAACGGACAACCGUGCAAGUUUUCAGUCCAGCCCUCCCACCAAACCGACCAGUUUGGAUGUGGUGACCCGCACAUCAGAGUCAGCAAGGUCACCCGCUGCCGAUCUCUCAAAUGCGGGUAGACGGGAGUUGGGGAGGGAGUCCCCCGGAGCUGGGGAGCUGACGGACACAGAGGCCCCCGCAGACCUGCCAGUGGAGAGUGUUGUGCGAGCAGAGCUGGUGGUGCUCCAGAACGAGUCGUCGGAGAGCGAGGGGAACGAGGAAGAGCACCUGGAGGACGAUGUGUUCGAGGAGGCAGGGCCGCGCACGAUUGACAGGAAAAAUGUCCAAUCGGGAGAGCAGGUGGCGCAUUCGGGAAGCGGCCCCAGGCCAAGAGAAACGCAGCAGAGGGUGGAGUCUGAGGAUCUCCAGGAGAGCGGUGUGGAGAAUUAUAGUAAAGCCCAGGAGCAAAACACGCAAAAAGAGGAGGAGGAGGAGGAAAAAGAGGAGGAGGAUGAACAGAGGGAGAAAAAGAAAGUAGGGGUUGUUGACAAGAAGGGUGGAGUAGAUGGAGAGGUAGAGGAAGGUGAGGCCAUGAAGAAGGAUGUGUUGAGACGAGAAGAGAUGGACGAGAGGAAGGGGGCCCUCGGAGAGACAGUUUUGGAUGGACUCGGCGAGGGACCGGAGGACAGGACGGCCGAGGAGGAGGAAGAUGACGCCGUGGCCGAGGAAGAGCGACGCGGGGAGGAACGCAAGGUGAACGGCUGCGCUGAGAUCUGCGGGAUCGAGAACGCCGCCUUCGUGGAUGACCGGGAGAGAGAUCUGGAGAGCCACCGAGAAGAAGACGAGGAAGAGGAAGAGGAGGAGGAGGAGGAGGAGGACGAUGGUGAUAAAGGUGGUCAGGUGUCAUACGACGAGCAGCCUGGACUCUCCGAUGAGGAGGAUCCAGCUCCACAGAGGAAGAUCAAGUUCUCCACCGCGCCAAUCAAGGUGUUCAGUACAUAUUCCAAUGAGGAGUACGACCGCAGGAAUGAGGAUGUGGACCCGGUCUCGGCCUCAGCUGAGUAUGAGCUGGAGAAGAGGGUGGAGAAGAUGGAUGUCUUCCCUGUGGAGAUCCGCAAGGAGGACACUGGGCUGGGGAUUAGCAUCAUAGGGAUGGGUGUGGGUGCUGACCAGGGUCUGGAGAAGCUGGGCAUCUUCAUCAAAACCAUCACGGAGGGAGGGGCAGUCCAGCGGGAUGGGCGCAUCAAGGUGAAUGACCAGAUUGUGGAGGUGGACAAGGUGAGUCUGGUGGGCGUCACCCAGAUGUUUGCAGCCACCGUGCUCAAGAACACCAGAGGUCUGGUCAGCUUCCUGAUUGGUCGGGAGAGGUGCGGUGUGGAGAGCGAGGUGGCUCGCCUCAUCAGUGAGACCCUGCACCAGGAGAAGAGCAGCAAACACCAGAGCAAGGACCACAAGCAGCAGCAGCAGCAGCAGCAGCAGCAGGAGGAGGAGGAGGAGGAAGAGGAGGAGGAAGAGGAGGAAGACCACCUGGUCAAGCCUGCUGACCUGAAGAGAGAACACCAUGAGGAAGGGGAAGACCAGAAGGAAGUGGACGGAGAGGAGAGGAGGCAGGACGAGCUGGAUGACUUGGACAGCAGCGAAUGGACUCUACCUGAGCACCUCGACGCCACUGAGCUGGGGGAGAAAUUUAAAGAGCUGAAAAACAAGCACAUCACCACCGUAGCAGAGCUGAGAGGGAUGAACGAGAAGAUGCGGGUGUAUGAGGGGGAGAGGGCGUCCUGGGAGCGGCGGACUGCGGACCUGGAGGAGCGGUGGCAGGCCAGCACGGAGCGGCUGCGCACCAUGGAGGGCUGCUGGCAGGAGUCGCAGCGGCUGUGCGAGACGGUCAGCCAGAACCUCCGGCAGGCCCAGGCCCAGCAGCAGGCCAUGGAGCUGCGCUACAGCGACACCCAGAGCCAGCUGCAGGAGCACGAGAAGAGAGCGGCGGAGUUCGUGAGGAGGGAGGAGGAGCUGAGGAGGCUGCUGGAGGAGAGGGAGAGAGACUUCCAGAAGAAAGUGGAGAAGCUGUUGGAGCAGAUGGCUGUGCUGGAGGGCAGGGGACAUGUGGAGCAGCAGCCCCUGACUGAGCUCAGGGUACCAGGGGAGGAGAGUCGGCUCAGCAGCCCGGAGUCUGGAGCCUCCGACCGGAACGGCCUCUCCACCGACGAGCCCAUCUCUGAUCCAGACUGGGGUGGCGCGGUGCCCGAGACCCACCGUCUGGACUGCAGUGCCCAUCGGGCCAAGGCUCAGCUGGCCCAGAGGUCCCGGCGCCAGCGCCCGUCCAGGCACAAGCUCCGCGAGUCGGCCCGCAAGUCUCCCGGCCAGAACCAGGAGCCAGACGAGAGGGCAGAUGAGGCGCUGGAGUCCAGCAGUAGUCGUAAGUCCCUCCUGGAGAGCCUGUCGCUGCCCGUGCCCGUCCUGACCCUCGAGGGGGCCACACGCGCCGCCACCUCCGGGGGGGACACCAGCGGCUCCGCAUCGCCCCUGCCCUGCACCCCCCGGGGCGGGGGUCAAGGAGAGGUCAGCGCCAGCCCCAGCGUGUCGCCCCCGACCGACGCGUCCACCCCCCACUCCCCCUCCAGCCUCCUGCAGAGCCUCAGGAGCCGCCGCUCCAAGAGCAGGGACAAGAGCAAGGCCAGCAAGAGCAGAGAUGAGGACCCUGACAGCUCUUCAUCUGGGAAGUCCAAAAAGAGAUUCCCUGAUUUCAGUGGCCUGAGGAAGUCUGGGGGCAAAGGUCGCAAGCAAGACCGGGACGCUCUGCGGGGAUCCCUAGAGAGCAGGGGUUCUGGGGACCUGCUGGACGUGUCCAGUGGCAACAUGUCCCCCACCGGCUCCGUGUCCUCCGUGCCCUCCUGCAUGCCCUUCUCCUGGUUCGGGGACAAGGAGCGGGAGCGGGACAAGGACAAGGAGCAGUCCCUGUCCAGCUGCAGCCUGCCCCACACCCCCACGGACAAGCACGUGGACCGGUCCGCCCAGCGGGAGAAGAGCCUCUCUGCGACUGACGAGUCCAACCCCAAUAGCCCGCGCUCGUCCCUGGCAGCACUUCUGUCAGACCGCCGCCCGGCAACGCGCUCUCGUACCCUCGCCUUCUCCUCCAGCGAGGCCUUAGAUGAUGACCCUCCGCCAACAGGGAAGGGCUACGUGUGGCAAACCCGCCCCCUAUCAGAGUGGACCAUUCAGCAGGUCUGUCAGUGGCUGAUGGCCAUGAACAUGGACGAGUACAUUGCCGAGUUCACAGCCAAAGGUGUUGACGGAGAGAAGCUUAUGAAUUUGGACAGCGGCAAGCUUAAGGAUCUGGGAGUGUCCAGUCACCGGGACCGCUCCACGCUGAAGAAGAGGCUGAAGGACAUGAGAAAGAUGCAGGAGAAGAUGGACAAGCGUCAGGCCAAGAGGGAGAAGGAGCGGCAGAAGGAACACGAGAAAGAGACGCGGCGAAGCACCGCCAGAGCGGCCAGCGCCGACUCUGCCUGCUGAGACCGUCCAGCGACCUCUCUGUGACCUCUCCGCACACUUGACCCCUGACCCCCCCGUGACCCCGUGAUCUCUGUUUGCGCACUUAGUGACCUCCAGAGGAUGCUGAAAAUCAGCGUUACUUGCCAACGAUCCAAUGAUCUUGCCGUCAUGUGGACGAAGCAGGUCAUUUCAUAGCAUCACGAGUGAAUCUGUGAGUUUGUGGUCCACAAAAGGAGAUUAAGUGCAACAAGCCUGUAGUGCCUGGACUUGCUAAUGGUUGGAUGUAAGCGCUGCAUUUAGUUUGUGUGAGGAAUGGUUCGGAGUAAUGGUUCCUCUGCUCCGGCAUUCCCAUACCUGCCAAAAUAACUCAUGAAUUUUUUUUUUGUUUCCGUGGUUUUGAGUCGUCAAUGAAAUCUGGAACUUUAAUUUGAUAGUCGAAUUUCCACGUGUAGGCUAAUGAUAAUUCCACAUUACCAUUUCACAGGGGAACGUUUCCCAACAAACAUGAUACCAAAAGGACAUUAUGUGAUAAUGGAAGAAUCGGUGAGCAUAAACAAGCGAGCGCUUAUGCACUGUAAAUAUGUGUUGUAUAAUGGUGCACAUACUAUCUCAUCUGGCCAGGACACCACAAAACAGAAACCUACUCUUGCACAGCACUUAGUUUCUUUGUACAGUAGAGGGUGCCAUUGAUACAGUUUACGUAGUGGGAUAAGUCAGUUACCAGAGGUCUGCGCAAAGUGGGCAAGAGGCAACAACUGCUGCUAGCUCACUCUGGGCACUUUAGUUCACUUUUACAGGACUAGGAUCAGAUUUGGAUAAGGUGCACCAUAGUAUACUGGUUUGGUUUUGGAUCUUCAGAAGACUGAAGUGUGAACCGCCUGGAACUGUGUGUGUGCAUAUACCAGGACGUUAUUAGAAUGGAGUGGGCACUUAUUAGUGUACACUUUAACUUUUACUGACAUAGAAUAUGUGCAUUCUUUUUAUGUGUAACGAUUUUAGAAAUGGCUGGAUGUACAUAUCUUCUCAGUAACAAAAUGUUGUACAUAUUCAGGGCUACAGUAUAAUGAAAACUGUAGCCCUGUUGUGUCGAUGAGCAAUGAUGGCUGUUUUACUUGUCUAAUAAAUAAAAUAUGUU